AUGGCCGAGCUGAGCCCCCAUCAUAAUGUGGUGAUCAACGACCAGUCGGCGGACGACUCAAAGUCCGCCGGCGUAAAUGCACACCAAGACAACAAGUCCGCCGUCGCUGGCCACCAACCCGACUCUACUCAGUACCAACUCCCACCACCGCACGACUCCGACACGCCCUCAGUAGCCCCCAACUCGUCCCAGGAUCAUGUCCAUCUUAACGGCACAAUCAAUAGAGAAAUCGACAAUGCAACACCCGACCACCAAGGCUCCGACACAGACUCCAGCCGGCCAGACGCUUCCAAGCUCGCUCGUUCUAGUUCAGUCAAGAAGCCUCUGUCUUUCAAGCCUGUUUCUAUCACAAAGUCCUUCCUGGCAAAGACGGCUACAACUCCUGGAAAUACCCCUCCUCCUGUCAAAGUUGCCGAAAAGCGUGCGCCGACCAUACUCCUCUGUCACAACUUCAUGCUGACACUUUCNAAAGCAUCCCCUCAAAUGGCCACACUACAACUCAACGCAAAGCCUCGUCUGAUUGCGAAAACCGGUACCAGCGGACUGCGUGAUGUUCCCCGUGCUCGCUCAGGCGAUGGCACGAGCACACCGAAUGGUAGGACUGUGUGGAACAAGAACCAGCGUCAGUACUACCCGCGCAACUACGUCGUGUCGCAUACUGACCACAGAUCAGCCGCACCGCCUGCCCCAGCCAAGCACUACACGGACGAAGAACUUAAACAAAAGUACGGAAUUCACCUGGCCACACGUUUGGAAUCUGAGGAAGCGACCGAGCAGAAGGCAAAAUGGGCGGACAUUGACGAAGACGAGGAAGAGUGGACUCCCGAGACGGUCGAAUGGAUGGACGGAACCAAAACCACUAUCAGUCAUGCGGAUACCGCCCCUCCACAACCACAGGAGAAGCCUGCAGAGAAAUCGCAUGAAGAACUGCCUCCGACCGCCACCACUCCUGCUCCAUCUGCUGCUCCUGUCAAGCCCUCUAUGACUGCGCUAAAGCGUUCGAACCUCGCCCCACAAUCGCGCACCAUCCUGAGACCUGGAGCUGCGCAGCAAGCUAAGCAGAUUGGCGCUGAUGGAAAGGCUACUCCCGACAACAAAUCUCCCAUGCUGAAAAACACGGCACCUGCGCCUAUCAAGUCGCCUUGGGCACCUCUACCUCCGGUCGAGAAGGCUUCUCCGAUCACAAUCAAUCCUCCUCCGCCUGCACAGGCUCCUCCUAGGUUCGCACACAGAGACGUCCAUGGAUUCGACGCCUUGACUCAACCAUUACCUACACGCGAGAUGGCUACAGAUACAUUCGACCGUUCAUGGAAGNNGGAAGGUGAGAGAACGCACAGGGAACUCUUCAAUUCGCAGUCAGGGCGUUAUGAGCCAGCCCCUGAACAUCGUAGGGGUUCACGCCAGCAAGACCAAUACCAGAGGCAACCUGCAGUCUUGCAACGACCCACNCCUGGAGCCGGUCCUGCAGAACCCUCGGCUGCUUUCCAAGCUCGUACAAACUCUCAGACAGACGCAAGUCCUUGGGGCCGUAGAAGAGGUUCAAGCAUCAGUGGAAACAUGCUUCGUGACAGACGCAUGUCUAGUUCUAGCAAGGUCUUUGAUCCAGCUGAACCCUCUACCGAAAUGGUACCCGAAGCCAAGGCGGAGUUCCAGCCACCUGCCCAAUCUGCUGAAGCACCGAUACAUCAGACGGACGGUGCUGCACCUAGUGCUUUGUCAAUUGAGGAAGAGCGCGAGAAACAGAAGAAGCUCAUGCAAGAAAAGCGUGAAGCAGCAAUCCGGCGAAGACAAGAGGAAGAAGCACGCGAGGAAGCUGAGAGAAGAGAGAGGAUCAGAAAGAAGAUGGAAGCCCUGGGCAUGCCCCUCGAAAAGACGCCAUCUCAAGACAAGGCCGAGAAAGCCGAGAAGAAGGAGUCUGAGACGCAAAAGCAAGCAGAUGUACCCGAUCCCCCCAUCUCGACUUUGUCACCGGAGAAAGCACUCGUUGCCGAACCAGUUGCGCCGAUCGAACAACUACCGCGUGCAGAAGCGCACGUGUCACCAGUGAAGCAACUCUCACCUCGAAAGGAGAAGACUGUCGAGUCCUCACUUCCAUUUGGUCAGAACCAAUCUUCCAUCACUCGCCCUGCGCACAAGACUCUUUCUUCACCUCAAUUGCCUGGUCUUCAACAACAUUCGCCCAAUGGUCCGACACGCAGUCCGUACCAGCAGUCAUCCUUGCAAGGUAUGAACACGUCAUCCUUCUCGUCGCCUGGCGAUCAGAAGGCGCAACCUGCGCGCUUGCCGUCAAUCUCCAGCGGCGAUUCGUUUACAACCACGCCGUGGGGCAGCGCCAGCAUGACCUCUCAUAACGCACCCGCACUCUGGGGUCCUCCACCUAGCAACAACAGACACAUCGGGAACGGUACCUUCGACGCAGGCUACUCGAGCAUCUCGCCCAGCUCGCGUCCUCAGGCCCAGAAUGCGCCGUUUACUGCUCCCUUCAACCGCCCUUAUCCCUCACGUGUCUCACCAAAGGCCUUUGGUCAGCCAGGAUCUGCGCAGUCUGAUCCCAUGAACCAGCAGUACGGCUCUCUGUCCACUCUUGACUCACGCAUGCCCGAGCCCUCCGGUGCUUCGGCCCUCGCUGGCGCAUCGCCUUUGCCUGAGCCUGCUCGCCUNGGCCUACCCAGCUCCCAUUGCUCCCCCACAAAAGACUGCUCCNNUCGCCAGCAGCCCCUGCGUGAUACUUCGGCAUGGACCAAUUUCUCAAAUAAUGCUCAAGCAGCUAGAGAUGAUGCACAGAUAGCGGCACGCCUUCAAAACGAGAGAACAAAGCCAUCCUCACCUCAGCAAUCUCACCAUGCUCACGCUAACUGGACUGUCACCGAGACGUUCAGACAAACACGAGGCAGUGAGAAUCGUUGGCUCGAAGACGAAACUCCUACUCGCACUGCGGCAAGGGUUCCUGGUCCUCACAGAGCUGGUGCAAUUGGAACUGCACGCUUGGGUCCUCACAGAACUAGCCAAAACGUGCCAGGUCCUCACAGAACGAAUCAAGUUGUGGCAGGACCUCAAUCGCCCAUCGACCAACAGUCGAUGCACCAUCCUCCUCCUGGUAGUGAACAGUUGCAUAUGCCAGGCGAAGGCAUAGUCCGUCUUCCCACAGGUCCCUCAAGCUUCUCGAGAGCUUUCGGCAGCCCUGGCAAUGUUACCACUGGCGUGAGACUGCCUCCUCUCGCUGCGUAUGCCAAUAACAUUCAACCUCCACCUUUGCCUGUGCAGCCUUCUACCCCUGGUGCGGCUCCACAGCAGUCGAGGUUCUUCCCUUUGGCACUCUACGGUGGAUCUNNCCCCCCUCCUGAAGAGGCAGACCACCCAGUCUUUGGCGGUGACCCCAAGCACCCUCACGUCAAUCUACCGACUCCAAAGCCAAAGGUCAAGCUACCACCUGUUGUUGCAACUCGCGAGCAGCCUAGCCCAGUCACCAUGCCUCGAAGCGUGCACUCAUACACCGUCGGUGCAAGACCUCUUGUCCAAACAUCGGACUGGCAAGCCAGGUUUAACGGACUCUUUGGCAAAGCUCAAGUCACGACCACAACUCCUCCUUCACCACCAAAGACGCCUCCGAAGAUGCAAGCUCCCGCUCCUGCCGUCGCAUCCGUCUCUAGGACAAGCUCGGAUUUCGUCAUUGCGCAGAGCGAAACCACUGUGUCCUUGCCGCGAUCGACCUCUCCUCCAUCUACCUAUACCAAGAUUGUGUCCAAGCCAGGUGUUGACGACAUCUUCGAUGGAGAACUUAGUUUCGGCUCCACUCCUAGAGUUUUCUUGCCUCGUGGCGUCACCUAUCCCGACCCUCCUAUCACUGUGUCUAUGCCUACAAGACCAAACUCGAAGUUUCACAAAUUUGGUGAUUCUCAGUCGAAGCGCAUCUACUUUUUCCCUGACAAUGCCAACCACGAUAUUACGGUUCAGAUCAAACUACCAUUGCCUUGGUUUGUUGCCAGACACGUAACUCUGGAAAGCAGAAACAAGGGAGCACCAAGCCAUAGGAACUCCAACAGACCGAACAACAAGAACAAGCGCAAUGCAUUGAAGAAUGUCAACACCGACUUGCCUGACACUGCAACAACUUCUACUACCGGAGCCACCAGCAGCAGGUCCCAAGACACUGCUGUACUGGGUGAGAAAAGUGCGAGAACUCCAUUGGCCGAGAACACCGUUUCAGCCAAUACCAAUACCGAACAUACUGGUCACAAGAAGACCGUCUGGGCCAAGGUGCCCAAAGUGCCUCGUGGUCGUGGACGUGGUGGAUACAGAGCACAAGCCUAA